GCACACUGAGAAUAUAUAUCUGCCGAACAAAACUCUGCAUUGGCACCUUGAAGGGCAUCCGGCCAUUAAAACGUUCUGCUGGCUCCAUUCAGUUGCCCAGACUCCGCCCCGCAAGGGAUUAUGGGGUCGUGAAAAUGAUGAUGAUACGCAGGAUUCAUUUUAAGACGGUUUUGUGUGUUUCAGCCGAUCGCAACGACGCCACCGCGCCCCAGGUUGAAAGAAGAGCACCUGAGCCAAAGCAGCAGCGGGACCCAAAUCUCUAACGCCAGCGGGGUGUCCUUGGGAGAAGCAAUUAGGCAGAGGUCUCUUAUGACUCAGGCCCCGGAAGCGUGGUAUCGUCCUUGCGCCGAAACAGAUAUCAGCAAUCUCACGGGUUGGAGGCUCGGCCAAACCCCAGGAGGCUGCAACACAAUCGAAUUUCCCACUAUGGAGGAAGGCCUGCUCACUCCCACCGUGAAUUUUGGAAGACCUCCAGCGUCUGGAAUGACACACUCCCCCAUCCUGGAAACAGCGGAUAGCCAACUUUCUCCCAACCUCCCGCUGAUGACGACAAACGCAACCCAAGGCCAGACAUUCUUCAACGAGACCGUUUUUAAGCAAGCAGGCUUGGAUUUUGCUCCCUUGAGAGCAACUCCAGAUGUUUCAGCUGUGGCCGUCGAGAGACCCUCGGCACAUUUGCAGAUCAGCGAAGCUGUGCAGCUGGCAGGCCGAGACGUUGGCCCAGAAUCCUCCGGGGAGGCCUCUCUCUCCCAGCAUCCCCUGGCUUUCAACCUCACGGCUCCAAACAACGCCAGCCUGGGCAGCUACUUAUCGCAACACCCUCUGACUUUUUCGGAACCCGUCCCUGCGGAGCCGAAGAAUUGGCCAGCGCUUCACGCGGACCUCAGUGCCAAAACCCUGGAUCACAAGGAGGAAAACUCACAGGUCCCGCGUCCCCCGAUGUGGCCAGACCAACCCUUGGCCACGCGGCAUCUUCCGAACGAAAAUUGGAGAGCUUCACCCAGCCAAGAUUUCUUCCUUUUGGACAACAGCCUACCGGCGCCUCUCCUCCUUGACUUACUGGAGGAUGACAUGGGCUUACCCAAGCACGAUGGUUUCCUAUCUUCCGGAAGCUCGUCUUGUAAAAGUGGUUUGGGAAAGGAUCCGGGAGGAAACGUAAUUAACCGGCUAACAGUGAACGUGGACCUGUUGGAAAGCGCCCCCAAACUGACGCUAGAACUGCGCCAGUCGAAAGGCCAAACCACCCCUCCGCUGGAAUCACCCCGAUCACUUUUGGAUGCGGCAGGAAAGCCCUGGAGACGGGCCAGCGAUCCGGAAACUUCCUCGGCAAACCGUUCUCUGGCCUUCAUGUCCUCCAGAGCUCGUAAGCUUAGUUCGGUGGAUUCUUCCUUGAUUCCCGAGAUAUUGCCAACCCCGAAUCGUCAGCACGCGGGCGAGAAAUUUCAAAGUGGGGCCGAAGAAGACCAACGGAAAUUUACGCCGGCUCCGGUCGAUAGUAAACCUUGUGCUUCGGCGUCCUUCCAGCCGAUCCCGGUGACCUCAGGCAUCGGCGAGUGGACAGAGGCUUUGAAAGCCAUCCUGACCAGCAUGAGGAAAAACGAACUAACGCUUUCCGAUGGGAGUAUAGAGAGGGAACCCAGAAAUACUGGAAUCUCUCCUUUUGAUGAGGCAUCCUUCUCUGUACACCUGGCUCCCCCGAUUCAUCAUUCCACCCCCGGGUUUUGGACAGUCAGAAACUUGAACCAUGAAGGGCCCGGCAUGGCAUUGCCGUCUCAAUCGGGACUUCAGCGUCCUCUUUCUUGCUUGCACGAAGAGAUGUCAAAGACCCCGCAUGCCGAUGCAUGCAAUUCUUCGGCAGUGGAACCUCAUAGAAACCCCUGCCCCUUUCCCACGAAAGAGAGUUUUAUGUCACUUGGCACCCCGGGCUUGCGAAACGACCAGAGCAACGGUUCUGCCAUUCUGCAGCCUCUGAAAGGCCGGAUUCAGUCCAUGCCUUCUCUGAAUUUUAUGGAGAAGGUCGGAGCGUGGCACCUGAGCUAUUCGGCUGAGAAGCUGCCUGAAAUGUCAGCAGUACCCAGUUCGGGAACACCCGUACCUGGUCCCAGUGGCGUCUCCCCCAGGCGGAAGGCCUACGAUGCGAUCGCCGAUUCCUUGAACCGCAUCCUGCUCAAGCAGCAGAGUCUAUCUGACCUCAAGGCUGCCCCUUUUUACGGGCCGAGCUCCAUGACCGAUCUUCACAGCUCCCAGAACGAGCCGCCUCCGCGCGCAUUGCCCUUUACCCGGUCGCAGUCGGAAACCUCGGUGACCGCCCUCAGCCGAGAGAUUUCGAGGACAGACAUAGGGAACGAAACCAGACCCGACGACGCUCUUCGGCGAGCCGACGUCCACGCCGACUCUUCGACGGCCUCUCGGAUCACACCGACGAUUGCGGCUGAGGAAGACUCGCUUCGCCGAUGUUACAAAGCCGUUCCCAUCUUUGUUACGGUCUCCAGCGAUGAGGAAAGUGUUAGUACGGGGAGACCUUUGGAUCCCCUCAUCAAGAGCAGAAGGGUGGCCGAGCUCCUGCGAGGAGAAACCAGCUCAUUCGACGGGAGCAAAGAAGAAUUGGGUGACCCCGAAGAGAAGACGAGAGAAUUGUCGGGCUGCGGGUUUCAGGUCGGUCCAAUGAGGAUGGAUUAUUUUAGAGAUCUUUCCCCGGAUCAUUUAAACCAAGGGACCGAUUCCGGAACGGACAGCUGUACGGAUUUGAGGGUGUCUUCCAGACAGUCUUCCAGAUCUUUUCCGGCUUUGAGCAAGUUGCACAGCAGUUUGGACGAUGAACUGCAAACUUCCAAUCACAGCGAGCUCAAUAUUGAUGAGAGAAUACCGGUGUACCUCCGCAACCUGGGCAUCGACCAGUCUCCUUCUUCCAUUCUGACUCCAUUUAUCCCUCGGGGACCCAUUCGAGAGAUCGAGUUCUCUCCCACGGAGCUCCGAACGUUGAAAGCCUCGUCUGAUUUAUUCCGCCUGCAGCUCUCGGAAGACUCGCAGUCUGAGAAAGACGCCACGCAGUCGACUUUAAACUCUUCGCUGCUCAGUGGGUCCGCUUGGGCAGGAUCGGCGGUUGUCUCUGACACGUCGCAACCCGCCAAGCCUUCUCCGCCACACACCAGAGGUCUCCCCCAUCCAAGCAACUCUCCCUGGAAACCUCAUGCCAUCACCCCGCCUCUCGCCGCCUCUGUUUCCGAGUCCCCGUCUGCUCCCAUUUCAACCGAAGAGAUUCAAGUCAUCCCAGGAUCUCCCUCCAGCUUGGCCAAGGAAAGAUCAACUGUACGUGGGGUGUCGCCGGAGGACAAUUUUGACCCGAACCAACUCGGCACGAGUCGAGUAAAAUCCGGCUCCUCGUCUCAGGACAACGAUGAAAAGCCUGCGAGCGAAGAAAUCCGAUCUUCCAGCACGAUUCCUGGUGGAGAAAAAGAGGAUUUCUUCACAGGGUCAAACGCCCAAAAAGAGAGCCAGAAGCUUCCAGCAGAGGUAGACCCCAGACCUUCGAGCGAAAAAUUCAGAUCUCGUUUAUCCCUCUCUUCUUCCGGCUCGCUAAAACAGAUUGAUCGCAGCGAUUUAUCCGGAGGUCCCGGAUCCAUCGAGAGAAGCACACUAGGGAUUCAAAGAGGUUGGUCAUGGGAUGAGAGCAUGACCAAGCAGGAAAUCACCGGUAGCUUAAAAUGGGAAGCUCUGCAGAUGGUGGACUUAUUCAACAAGGAGCCAAUGGUACCUCAAGCGCUCGGGUCGGGAUCCCGAAAAGCGAACGAAGACCGUAAGAUGACAAAACCCAUCACGCGGUCAGAUCCCGAAGGUUGCACCAGGACGGCUGUGAACCAGAAUGUUCCAGUUCCAACAGGCAGCUGUCCAGAUGUUCAAGCAAGCCCUUCUCCAAACCUCCCAGAGAUCCAGUCCGGUUCCGAUAUGGACGACGUGUCUAAACUCUUGAGAGGUUUUCCGCGCGUCGAGGAGAAAGUGAACGACACGCGUCCAAAAGAGAUUGGCGGCUCACAGGAAAGCACCAACAGCAGCAGCGUGGAUUCUCUGGGCCUCAGGGUGAAGAAACUUCUCCAGUAUGGACCUCCUGCAAUUCACCGAACACCUCAGGUGGAGGUGACGGAGGAACGCGAUGGCUCAGGACCAAAAGAGCCCUCCGUUUCGUCCGCGGGCUCAGUGUUCGGCAGAAGGGAAGUCGGUGCCCAAGGAAGCGAUAACGGCAGCAGUAUGGACUCGUUGGCGGUACGGGUCAAAACCCUCCUGGAAGAGGAACAGCCUGUGCUGCAUGCAACUCAGAUACUCCGGAGCGUAGAGGAAGAAGAAGAAAAAGCCCGCGCCUGGGUGAAACUAAAACUGGCUACUGAGCCUCAAUACUUCAUUCCUGAACUGACCGAAGAAGACCGGCGGAUGAUAGAACGGAUGAAGAGAGAGCAGCUUUCGUCUUCUGGAGAGACGGAACAUCUGGAGCAAAAAUGUCCUGUCAUAGGAGGGGGAGCCUGGGUGAAACUAAAACUGGCUACUGAGCCUCAAUACUUCAUUCCUGAACUGACCGAAGAAGACCGGCGGAUGAUAGAACGGAUGAAGAGAGAGCAGCUUUCGUCUUCUGGAGAGACGGAACAUCUGGAGAACCAGCAGUGGAGAAGCACCUUCCAGAGGCUUCCAAACUCCAACACGGUUGCGACGGUAGAACCGGGCUCCUUGCUAAACCCAAAAGACCACGACCUGCAAACGGCCCUUCAGAAAUACGGUUUGCAGCUAGAUGAGAUCUCCGGGGAAAACGCGGCACCUGCGACGGAUGGCGCCUUAACAGCCGAGCCAGAGGUUAAACUCGCUCGCAGUGUCCAGAUUCCUGACUCCGGCCAGUUGCAGCCACUUCCCGGUAACGUUUUGGACUCCAAAGCCAAUUCUCACCUUCCCUCGGACACGCAUCUCCGAGGGGCCUCAAAGGCCCCCACGAAAGAGGACGGGAUCGUAGCAGCCCCGCUGGACAUCUCCGAGAGCGCCACAUCCGUCGAAGCGGCCAUUCAAAUCACCUCGAUCACUUUUGCCUCUCGGAGACGGUCUCCAUCUCCCGCUUCCCGCCUCCCCCGGACCCUCCUUGCCGACGUUCACCCUCGUGAUCCCGUAUCUUCGGAAACCCGGCCCGCGAACCAGGAGCAGCCGAAGUUGGAUAACUCACAGCGGCAAAGUUAUCAAGCUCGUUCUUCCGCCGGCGUCACUUCUGCUCGCACUUCCGUGGAGAAAGUUGCAUUUCCAUCCCCAAAAGUCUGUCCUCCUCCCCCCGGGUCUAUCAAGGUGGCCAGGGAUGACCCUCGCCGAGAAGAUCUAAGCCCCUCCCUGCAGGAAUCCCCAAGAAGAGGCGUCGAACCGAAGGACCUCGUUCACCAGACCGACGAGGACAAGCGAGCUUCUGAUCCAGAUUUCGCCGAGCAGAGGCGAUACGCGAAAACGCUGGACGAUAUUUACACGGUUCACCCAGAAAGAUCGGCGGCGUUGCCUCCGCCAAAGUCGGGCGAUGUGCGUCCUCAGAAUUGCUCGGAAGGUGAGGCUGGAAGUGCUCCGAAGCCCCUUUUUCCUGACGGCAAAGAAAAGACGCAGCUAAGGGAAGAUUUGUCUACUUCCGAUUCCUAUUUACACAAGCCCAGAAGGAGAGGCAGUGGGAGUACUUCUCUGUUACACUCGGCUUCCCUAGAUUGUAUUUCCACAGCUGUGCCGGUGUCGCCUACGUUGCCCACCAGGAAAGCCCUGUCUGGUGUCCACCUGACUCUCUCUCCAAAGCGUGUGGAACUGGACCUUUCGGGACCGGUGGACAUUGGUCCAGAAGGGCGAGAGGUCCAGGUUCUGAAGCCAACCGCUUCCGAUGUUCCCAGUCUGUCCUUCGAAGCUACCUCCAAGUCCACUGAAUCUAAGCGGAAGACUCCAGGAUCCUCAUACUUUCCCCGAGAAGCAUCAUCUCAAGAUGUUCCAAAGGUGGAGAAACGAGCCCUACAGCACGUUCAAGAGCCCCAGGCAAGCCGAGAUCAUGUAGCAGCGGCCCCGUCUCCAGCAGACGCCGGGACUCGGAGUUCAAGGGCAAGGGACAACAACUUGAAGGCGACGGCUUCUUCCCAAACCGAAUGGAUGUCUUCGGAUGCCAUCACUCAAAUCACAACAGAAAGCCCCGAGAAGACCACCUAUUCUGCCGAGAUUUUUGUCACUGCUGAGAACGGGGAAGCUCCUCAUCCCAAGAGUCACAAAACCCCCAACGACACAAUGCUCGGUAUCUCCAAGAUCUCUGUUUUGGACGGACAAACCAGCGACCGGCCAUUGGUGCUGCCAUACAAACCUCCCAGCUGCUCGGAGGUGUAUUACGUUCCCUGUGGAAAAGAAACCUUGAGAAUCUCACGUGUCCGGUCCGAGACCACCGUGGAGAGCUCCCACUCAGGCUCCAACGAUGCCGUCCCUCCGGAUUUCCCCCCGCAGGCCCUGGGUUCGAGGAAGGAUCAUCCUUCGGACACAGCAAUCGUCAAGCACAAAGAAGGCAUUUAUAGUAAGAAGGCUCCCCCCGGCAGGGUGGCCUGGAUGGAGGAGAAAGCAGCAGCGACGGCGACGGGCAGUCCCAGAGGAAGCUGCAACGGCCGGCAUUCCUUGGAAUCGCUCAAAACUUCCCAGUCUGGCUUUGAAUCUGCUCAGCCUCCCCUGAAGCCGACUUUGCAGGAUGAUCCACAUUCCCCUCCCGGAAGCAAAGCUUUGGGGCGGGUUGAUGCGCCUUCCAGGGGUCCAGCCCUUUCCCCCCAAGAUUUACUGCAGCGUAAGGGAAUCCUAGAAAGCAGCCCCUCGCCGUCUCCCCGUCUGCAUCUGGCCCAAAAGGAAGAAAGUUUUAUCCCGCUGACCGGUGAGGUAGAUUAUAGUUUUCUUGAGGAAAUAAAAUUCAAGCACGCUUCCAAACGAGACUUGCCCGAUGCCCAAAAAGCUAGCUUUGGAAGAGCGAGUCAACUUCCCUCGGGAAGCCAGACGAUUAAGGAGAAGCGGGUAGCGGAUCUACCAAGGGGGCCAAGCUCCCAUCGAACCAGCACUUUAGAUGAUCUUUGGGCCAAGUAUUUGGAGCGACAGAACCAGUGGCGGCAGCUGAAGCCCAUCGAAAGCAACCACAGGACCGAGCUAUCGCUGGUGGAGCGACUGGACCGCCUGGCCAGGCUCCUGCAGAACCCAGUUCGGCAUUCCCUGGCUCUUGUCCUGGAGGACCAGAAGGAACCCAGAAGAAAAGCACCAAGGCUCGGCAGCCCUCGAGAGAAAAAGAUGGCGUCCAGAAAGAAAGUGGCAUCGCAGCCCAGCAUAGAAACGUCGGAGGAAGCCCUCGUUGGCCCCAGCAGCGCCUGGCAGUCCAAAUCCAGGCGUCCAAAAACAGGACACCUCAGGGCUGUUGAACCCGGGGAUAGGAACUGGGACGGGUCCCUGACCUCCAAGACGCCGAGCGAGACGUCUUCCGACCUGAGACCGGGGAGAGACGCCAGCGUGAUAACCGACGUGACCUCCGAGUCCGAGGGGACCCGGAUCGACACCGAAAGCGCCACGCAGACCGGGACCAGCGAGUCGCUGUCGACCAUCAACACGGCCAGGUUGAUCAGAGCGUUCGGGCAGGAGAGGGUGCAGGUAUCUCCCAAACUGUCCCAGCUCUACAGCACCAUCGACUUGCAAAAGACGCGCUCGGAGACCUGGACCAAGCGGGGCAAGAAAGCCGAGGGGGACAGCUACCCGAAAAUGGUUCACCUAGAACAAAAAAGGCGAGAGGAUCAGCCCAGCCCGUCUUUCACGUCCUCCGACUCCGUCUCAAGCCUGGGCAGUUCCCGCGGGCCCAGCCCGGCUCUGAGCAGCAAACGGAUGUCCAAUAAGGCCGUCCAAGCAGGAGACUUUGAGAUUGUGAACAGCGGCACCAAGAAGCACACUCGCGACGUGGGCUUGACUUUCCCCACCCCGACCCAAAGCCAAGCCACGCUCCAAGGAGGGGCCGCUAGGAGCAGGACGGAGAACCGGGUGGCUCAGCACCAUGGGCUGUUGGCGGAAGACGAGGAGCAGCAGACCUGGCAGCCGGGUGGCUUCCUGGAAGGGAGAAGGGCCAGAAGGAGCCGGUCGCAAUGGACGCAAGGAGUGUCUUGGUUCGUCCCGGCAGCAGAUCUAAAACCGGAUCCCCUGGAAGAAUCCGGGGGUGGCUUCUUGCCCGGUCCUGCCCUCGCGUGGUCCGAGCCCCCACCCACAGGAAAUCCCUGGCGAGAACCUCUCCGCGAGCAGAAUUGGCCGGAACGUCCCGGGGGCCUCCAGGUGCGUCUGGCAGCUCCAUCAAGAGAUGCCGAGAAUGAGCCUCCCUUACCUUUGGGUAAAAUGACCUUGCAGGAGUCUCUCGCGAUGCACCGUCCCGAUUUCAUUUCCAGCUCCGGGGAACGUCUGAAACGCCUCAAGCUGCUGGUCGAAGAAAGGAAGCUGCAGACCGUCUUCCAGGGGGAGAGGGAGCGAUUGUUCAAUCCCCCCGAUGGGAGGAGUUGCAGGAACGCAGGGGGUCUGGUGAACCGAGGGUAUCGGGCGAUUCGGAGUCGAGCAGUUUCCAAGAACGAAAUGGUUGAGCGGUCCAAACGCAUCUACGAGCAGCUGCCCGAGGUGCGAAAGAGACGGGAAGAAGCCAAGAGGAAAUCGGAAUAUUCCAGCAACCGCUUGAAGGCCCAGCUGUACAAAACGGUCAGCGGUUCUCAACCUGUGGGUCGGGACCCUGUUGGGGGUCGAAUGACGAUUUGCCAGGGGUGGCCUAAGACCAUCGGAAAUAUGGGAAGUAUACUUGCGAGUCGAAGAAUCGUGCUCCAAUGGUUGACUCCACAAGCCAGCUGCAGGCUCUUCAAAUCGCUAGCCGAAUUCGGCUUCAGGCGCGAUGAAUUAAAAAAGAGAGAAAUCUUUGCUCUGAUGUCUCCCUCUCAAGCCAGCUGCAAUCACUCCCCAUCGUCAGCCUCAUCUGGCUUCAGGUGCCAUAAACUUAAUAGGGGAGGAGUCUCCGCUUUAAUGCCUCCGUCCUCAAGGCAAUUGCAAGCAGUUCAGAUCACUAGCCAAUACGGCUUCAGGCGCGAUAAAUUCAAAACGAAAAUAAUUUUACGGUUGGGGUCGCCACAUUGUGGGGAAUUGUAUUAAAGGGGUCGCAGCACUAUAAAGGUUGAGAACCACUGUUGAAGGGCAAAAGGACCAAGAGACAGGAAGGAGGCCAA